AUGGGGGUCUUGCCACCAUCCAAGUCGCCUCUGUCGGCGGAAGUCCAUCCUCCUUUGCCAUCCAUCCACGCAGGCCGCGCGAUAGAACCUUCCACGACUGGUUCGGCCACCCCGAACGUUCCGGCAAUCUCGUCAACCGCCGUCGUUCCACCGCCAGGCCAAGCACCGUGGAGGAGACGCGUGCAGUCGAUGGCUUUGGUCGAGAAUGCCAGCGGCUGCGUGACGUUGGCGGUGGCAGGGGCGUUCCGGGACGGCGCCCAUGUCGUGUACGCUAUCCAAGUGUGCACGGGCCCGACUGAGUCGCGCGUCCACCGGCGGUACUCGGCGUUUGGUCAGCUCAAGAAGAUCGCGCUACGGCUGCUGACUGCUGGACCUUGUUGCCACCACCGGUCGUGCCACCUGCAGCCCGUCCUCCAGCACGUCUUUGAUGAGAUCGAGAUGGACUCGUACCGAGUUCUCAACACGGAAAAGGUCGUCCGGGAGCGCAUCGCGACGCUCCACUUUUUUCUCCAGAGGCUGCACGAUGCGUUGUUCAAGUGCCCCGAGCCAACACGGCUGCUCACAGCCGCCCACGGUUGCAAGGUCGCCAAGUUGAUCAAGAGCUUCCUCGAUAUGGCGCCUCCACCAUCGUGGGAAGAGUCUUGCCACCGACAAGACAUGUCCAUGCUCUCGGCAUCACGACGACGUGUUCGGUAG